AUGACUUCUUCUCCUAGCGUCUUUGUAGAUGAUGACUCCAGCGAUAAGCUACUGUCUCACCUGAUAGGCUGGGGUUGGUGUCAGCUGGAGGAUUUCAAACUUUGCUUCUGGUCCCCACAGCUGCUGCCUGAACACCAGUAGAUCUCCUGGGCAAACUUGAAAGCCAUCAGGCCCACUCACCUGCUCGGUCUGUUGAAGGAACACUUAUCCGUAAGGCAGAUAUGGGACGGGACCCUCCACAUCUUUCAGCACAUGAAGCUGACUUCGCUAUACGAGCAAAUGAGAGCAGAGAUGAAUGAUGGCACAGGUAUGGGGACCCCAAGAUCCAGACCAAGAAGAACCAGAGAUGCUGGAAGAAGAAACAGUGCUGGAGAGAAAAUGCCCAAAACCAGGGGGUCAGCAGGGCUGUGCUUCCUCCAGAAGCCUGGGGAGAGAAUCAGUCCUUCGUCUUUCCAGCUUCCUGUGGCUGUUGGCAUUCCUGGGGUUGUGGGAGCAUCACUUCAAUUCCCACUCUGUGGUCACAUGGCCUCCUCUUUUGUCUCGGAAUUCUCUCUGCCUCUCUUUUAUGGAAAUAUAUCUGAUUGCAUUGGGCGCAAUCCAGGAAGAAGGUACAGAGAGAAGAUGAGGAUGAAAAUAUUGGUUCUGUGGGACAGCACCCCUUGGCCUGAUGACCAUAUAUAUCUCCACAACACGGUGGCACAGGAACGCAGAGAGCUGAGGAGACUACUGCAUCCGAGCCGGCCUGGAGCCCAGCCACCGACAGUAGCAUUGGAGGCUGGCGGUGUUGGGAGGACCACCCUGGCCAUGAAGGUCAUGCCACACUGGGCAGAGGGCAUACUCUUUCAGCACCAGUUCUCCUGUGUUUUCUACCUCAGCUGCCACAAGGUGGGAGAGAUUGUGAACACCACCUUUGCUGGCCUGCUCUCCUGGGACUGGCCUGACUCUCAGGUCCCCAUUGAAGAGUUCAGGAGUCAUCCCGAGAGCCUCCUGUUUGCCAUUGAUGGCUUUGAAGAAAUGACUGUGUCUUCCAACUUGUACGAAAGCCCGCCCUGUACAGACUGGUACCAGCAGCUCCCAGUGGCCAGAAUCCUACUCCACUUGUUGAAGAAGGAGUUGGUUCCCACAGCUACCUUACUGAUAACGACCAGAGACUGUGGUAAUCAAGAUCUUAAAAAUUUGUUAGUGAAUCCAUGAAGCUUGGGGAGAGAAUCGGUUGUCGUCUCAGGGUUCACAGAGGGAGACCGGGAGGAGUAUUUCAUCAAGUUCUUUGGUGACCUAGACAAAGCUAAUAAAAUCUUGAAUUGGUUAAGAAAAAUGGAAACUCUUUUUGAUUCCUGCUCUGCCCCCCUGGUGUGCUGGACUGUGUGUUCCAGCCUGAAGUGGCAGACGGCAAGUAAUCCUUCUUUCUGGCUGGCCACACAGACCACCACCAGCAUCUAUGCCUAUUUUUUCUGCAGCUUGUUUGCCACGGCGGAGGUGAGCUUGUCAGAUCAGAGCUUGCCGGCACAGUGGAGAGCCUUGUGCCCUCUGGCUGCAGAGGGGAUGUGGUUCUCAAACUUCACAUUUGCAAAAGAGGUCAUGGAACAAGGGCAUCUGGAAGCCUCUUUUAUUGAUUCUCUCUUGAGGUUGAAUAUUCUUCGAAAGGUCAGUGACUGGGAAGAGUGCAUUUCUUUCACUCACCGAGGUUUCCAGGCAUUUUGGGGGGCCAUGUUUCAUGUGCUCUGGGGAACAAGAGGAUCCCUUGGUGGUCCCUCAAAGCAUCAAGAGAUGAGGAUGAGGGUGUUCCUGAAUGACGCCUUUGCUAACACAAACUUCUGCUGGCAUCAGAUGGCUCUUUUAUCCUUUGGUCUUUUAAAUACAGACCUAGCAAGAGAGCUAGAAGAUACUUUACACUGUGAAAUGUCUCCCAGGGUAAUGGACGAAUUAUUAGACUGGGCAGAAGGGUUGGAGAACCAUGAUGCUGUCUCAGUCCACUUCGGAUUCCUACAGUUCUUCCAGUGCUUACGUGAGACUCAGGACGAAAAUUUUAUAAGGCAGAUUUUGAAUCACCUCCUUGAAGCUGAUCCUGACAUUCAUGGGUAUCAGCGCCUCCAGGUUUCUUCCUUUUGCCUAAAGCACGGUCAAAAGUUACGUAAGCUGAGGCUCUCUGUCAGCGGUCCCAUCCUUGAGAUGAAAUUAACUUCUGCCGUGGAAACUCUGGAGACAGGGGUUGCCGAUUUCAGGAAACAUCAGUGGGAGGACAUUUGCUCUGUGUUGUGCAAUGGGAACAUGAGAGAGCUGGACCUGAGUAACAGCAAGCGUAAUACUUCAUCUAUGAAGGAACUCUGUUAUAAGCUGAGAAGUCCAAGGUGCAAACUCCAAAAACUGACGUGCAAGUCGGUGUCUCCUGUGAAGAUUCUGAAGGAGCUUGUCAUCGUGCUUCAUGGUAACCACAAGCUGACCCACCUGGAUCUGAGCUCUAACAACCUAGGAAUUACUGUGUCCAAGAUGAUUUUUAGAACUUUGAGGCACUCAGCCUGCAACCUCAAGUAUCUGUGGUUGGGAUCGUGUGGCCUCACCCCUAGGGUUUGUCUUGAGCUCUUUGUGGAACUCAGCAAGAACUCAAGUCUGAAAUGCCUCAGCCUGGGGGACAGUGAUUUCUCUAACGUUGAGCUGAAAAGACUGCAGGGGCCCAUUGGGAUGUCCAAGUGCUCCCUGAAGCAGCUGUCCCUGGAGAAAUGCAGCCUGUUGGCGGCCCACCGUCAGGACCUGGCCUUGCUUCUCAUCAGCACCCAGGGAAUGACUCGACUGUGCCUGGGAAUUAAUCAGCUCCAGGAUGAUGAUGUGAGGCUGCUGUGUGCUUCCCUGCCUCACCCCGAGUGUGUCUGAGAGAGACUGGUGUAA